CGCGACCAAGUAUCGCAGCUGUGUGAUUAAAUAUGGCGGAGCUGUAAUCUCUUACCUUGUCACUUACCGAAACAAUUCUUCUAUUUAUCCGCGCUGAACUGAAACUAUCCUGUAUCAGGAAGUCGAUGGAACAUUGUCGUGGCGAUGGCUACAAGGAAUCUGACGGAUAUUUACGUAAAUCUUCGCACCGAAAUCAGCCGCUUCAAGGCAUAUUCGUUGGGUGACUCUGGUGUACGUUGUGAUAGUCCAGGGGACGAUGAUACAGUUGCCCUUGUUAGAAGAACGAGCGAUCUUGAACUCGGGGUACAAGCCGGAGGAAUAAGUUCUUUACCGCCCCAAUGGGUUGAUGUUGUUGAGGAGAUUCAGUAUGAAAUCACUAGAAUAAAACAAAGAAUGCAAGAACUGGCAACUCUUCAUGAUCGUCAUCUGAACAGACCAACCCUUGAUGACAGUGUGGAUGAAGAACAGACAAUAGAAAUAACAACAAAGGAAAUAACACAGAUGUUCCAUCAAUGUCAAGGCUCUAUUCAGAGAAUAGGACGCCAGAGUAGAAAUUCUUCCAAACAAGAAAAUCGUCUUUUAAAAAAUGUCAUGUCCUCAUUAGCUGUUAGUCUACAAGAACUCUCUACCAAUUUCCGGAAAGGGCAGUCAUCAUAUUUGAAAAGACUAAAAAACCGAGAAGAAAGGGAAAGGCAAUAUUUUGAUACAGGAUUACCUGCUACCAGUAGUGCACUUAUGAAUGAAGAUGUAGUUGAAGAUGAUGAACUAUAUGACAGGGGUUUUACAUCAGACCAGAUGAGGUUGGCAGAGGAGAACAGUGCUUUAAUUGAACAGAGAGAAAAAGAAAUCCAAUCCAUAGUCCAGUCAAUAUCAGAGCUUAAUGAAAUAUUUAGAGACCUCGCUACCAUGAUUGUAGAACAGGGUUCAAUUUUGGAUAGAAUAGAUUACAACGUAGAACAAGCAGCUGUGAAAGUUGAAGAGGGCUUGGAGCAGCUUAGAAAGGGUGAAAAGCACCAGAAAUCCACACGCAAGAUGUUAUGUAUAAUCCUUUUAGCAAUUGUUGUGAUUAUCAUGCUGUUAGCUCUUGUAAUAGUGAAAGCUAAGUAAUGAGCAUGUUUCUGGUCCAUCCAUUUCCUUUAUUUUAGGUUGUUUAAUAUUAAUUUGUAUAUUUGCUACAAAAUACAAUAUGUAUGGUUACAUAAAAGGAAAAUCUAAGUUUUUGUAAUUGGAAGAAGUUUCAUGAAGUUUUUUAAUGACAGCACUGUCCAUGAUAACUCAAGUCAAGACUGAAGAUCAGGGGAGUCUUGCCUUGAAAUCUGUUGUUUCAUUGAUGUGUUAAUAGUUAUGAUAUUAAUGAAUGUUUGAUUGUUUGUCUCACAAAUUAAGAAUCAGGCUAAUAACAACAACAACAACAGCAUUUAUUUAAACACGAUAAAAAAUUCAGCAAAAGCUGAUGUGGUGGUAAUUGCAGCAUUUUGACUGCAAUCACUGGAAGAUUGACGAGCCUGAUUCUUAUAUCAUGAGACAAAUGGUGAAAUGUUCAUUUAUCUAUAAAACCAUGAUGAAUGACCACAUUUGCCAUGGCAAUAAUGAACGUUUAUACGGGAUAGCCAUUUAACACAUAAGUACUGUUGGCAAAAGGAUCCUGUUUAAAUAGAAAUAUAAGAAAAAAAAAAAAA